AUGCCAGGUGAUUAAGAUUUUUGUAGUGGACUCAUGCCACAACAGCCACUACAUUCAUCUCUCUUUACCAAACUUUUAUAAACUAAAAGGAAUGUAAAUCUAAUAACUAACCCUAAUAAAUUUAAGCUUGAAGGCUUAAAUUUUGUGGGAACUUCUGGUUAAAAUAUCAAAGAUAUAUAGAGAUAUACUAAUUAUUAGGACCCAACUGAAAUCAUGGAGCUAACUUUGAAAAUUAGACAUUUGUGCCCUACUUGUCCAGAUACUCUGAGAUCAUAUCCCUUUGUUGAAAAUGAUCCAUUUGUGAUUUAAGAAAUCCCUCAAGUUUAUUUUAGUGGGAAUCAAGAUGUAUUCCAAUAAAAGCUAAUUGUUGAUGAAUAUUAGACAGAUGAGCAAAAGAAGUUUAUUAAGAUUUUGAGCAUUCCAAAGUUUAGAGAAACUGGUUCUCUUGUCUUACUAGAUACAAUUUCAAUUCAAGCCUAUUAGUACAUAUUCGAUCAUGAAAAAGCUGAAUAAUAAGCACAAUUGAAGCUUGUUAACCUAGACUUUCAACUAUUCCUCGAGGACCUUGAAAUCUUAAACCUUUAAGAUGCAAAUCCUACAUAUGAUGUGGAAAGAUACUUAGAUAUUCUAAAAAUUAUAAGAAUGAUGGGUAGAAAUAAAAGAUCUGUGGCUUAAGUUUACCACAUGCUCGGGGUUAUAUUUGUUGUCAGUGAUGUUGUUGAUUUAUAAAAGGAUCGCGAAAGAUAAAUCGAUUGCAUUGUUUAGAAAUUUAAGUUAUGCCAUGAUCUUGCAAAGACUCUCAGGAUAUCUAUCUAAGAUUUACUCAUAAAUUGCCCAAGCGAAAUUUGUGGCAAAAUUACUUAUAUUCUGAUCUAAAAUGGAGAUGCAGUUUCUGCCAUUGAAUACUUUAUGGGUGUCAAUUUUUACCUUCAAAAUAUUCUACCUAGAUCCUGGUAUUUCCUUAUCUCAGAGAAGGGAAUAACAUUUGACUAACUUUAAAAGACUUUACUAGAGUAUAAAUGGUAUAAUGCCAAGCUAGACCUUAGAAGAAUCAGGGAAAAUCUCUAUGAAUGUAUUGCAAAAAUUGCAUUUAAUGAUAAGUUACAAUAUAGCCAGAAAAAGAAUCUACUUGUGAUGAUGAAAAAUACCUUCUCAUUCAAAGAUGACUAAGAACUGAUUGACCUAAUAAAUAGUUUCAUAAAAUAUAAAGAAAAUUAAGCAGCAGCAACUUUUGAGACAAGACUAUUAUCGACCUUAAUGAAAAAACUAUCAUAUGGAAAGAAAUAUUACCUUGAAAAACUUAUGAGAAGAAAUGAAAAAGCUAAGACGCUAAGGUAAUUUGACAGAAAGCAAUUUUAAAACCAAGAAUUUUACAAUAAAAAAGGUACUUAGGCAUAAAAGAAGAUUUAAAGAUUUUAAGAUGCUUUGGAAUUCAUCAACAAAGAAUUAAAGAAAUGCAGCGCUCUCGCAAAAUCAGAUUUUAUCAUUAGCUUUUUGGAGACUUUCAAAACUAAUUAUCCUGCAUAUAUAACUGCAGAGAAUGAACCAAUGAUAAGAUAAAAUAAGCUAAUUCAAUUCAUAACAACAGUUGAUUUGCUGAUGAAAACAAUGGUUGAUGAGGAGUAUUUCCAACAAGCUCUCAUAAUGAUGACAAUCUACGUCCUAAAGCUAGGUAUCGAAUAUCAAGAUACUGUGGAAAUAUCUAUAUUUUCAAUGCAAAUUUUAUUGAAUGCUAUUGGUUUGCGAUAAGCUUCUCCUUACCUAAGUAGAUUUUUCUCAUUAGCUGUUCUAGCAUAUAUGAAAUUUCCAUAGAAAUCGAAAAUUAAGAAAUAUACUAGCAAGAUUGUAGGUUUCUAUGUAAAGGAAAAAACAAAAAUUACUAAGUCAUAUUUCAAGGAAUUUCAAUUUUUACUGCUCAGUAAACUAUCAGAAAUUUCUGCUCUUCAUGAAUCAGUAGCUAUCAUUAGUUCUGAGCUCUAUGGCUCAAUCGAGAAUAUUGAAACAAGCUUGAAAAGUCUAGUGGAAUAAUUUAAAUAUGGCAAUGAGGAUAUAAGACUAUUGAACACUACUUAUAUUCUUGAGCUAUUGGAAAAUCAAGGUAGCUAGGAAGUUAGAAAUGUUUUAAUUUAACCAGAAAACUUGAAAAUUGUUUACUAAGGAGUCUUGGAGAUAACUUAAGGCUAUAAAACAGAGAAAAGUAUUAAGCUAUCCAUUUUAAGUGCUAAAGUAAUUGCUGCGAUCGGAAUAUGCUAAACUUUUGUCAAUGACCCAAAGAGCUUAAAAGCCACUAAUCAAAUGACAUUGGUAGGAAAGAAAGAAUAGGAAAUCCAAAAGUAAGGAGAUGACUAAAAUCCAAAUAUUAUUAGGAGUGACUACUAUAAUCCUCUUACUAAUCUUAGAUACAAAAAUCAAGAGCAGGAUAACACCUUGGAGUAACUUGCUUUCCCAUCAUUUUUAGAACUGCCUAUAGAAAGAAAAGACAUAAUUAAAUUUGGAUCCUAGUUGCUGCUUAAGAUUAUUUCAAUGACUAAUGUUACUGAUCAGAAACCCUAAGUCUAUUAUUACACAUAAUUUCUGAUAGAUAGAUUUAUUUGCUCACAAAAACUAAUUUCGAAUAACUAGCAAGACUAAAAUCAGUAUGAAUAAAUUAAAGAAAAACUGUCAAAGGUGGAAAAUCUAUCUAAGGGAGUUUACAGAUAUAUAAAGCUUGAUCUAGACCCAGUCACUACUAUUGAGGAUCCCACCAAUGGUUUCUCAAAAUUUAACAUUAAGAGGCUGGCAUUGUUUCUCAUUCACAAAAUAACUGAUAGAUCUUGGCAAGAACUAUUUGAGGCAUGCAUUCCAGCAUUAAAAUCAAGCAACCAAGUGCUAGAAUUAUUACUACCUUACCUAAUAUACUUUGCAAUAAGAUUUAACACUGUCGAUGAUAAAUUAUGUGAUGAUAUUGGAAAUCUAUUCAAUAAGAUUUUAGAUUCAAAUGGAAUAACAUAGAUAAUAAUAACUCUGAGGGUAUAAGAUUUUCUAAAAAUAUGCUUGCAAUAAGAUAAGAAAAUCUUUAAGACAUUCAUUGAGAAUGACACUAAGUUCAAGUAUGUUGAGAAAUUAUUCCAUAUUGAUAUGGAUAUAUCUAGAGUCAAAGACUAGAAUGUGAUGAAUUUUAUCAAAGUUCUUGAUGGUAAUAUCAAUGUAAAACUAUCAUUUCUAGCAGUAAAGAAAAUUAAAGGUUUACUUAGCAAAAUUGACAAGAUCAAAAAGAUAAAGGCAUCAAGAAAAGUAAAAGCUUACCAACGCUGUAUUUAUAGCUUUGAAGAUCAUUUCAGAUCUACACAAACUUCAGUGAAAUCAAGUGAAAAAGGCUUCCUUGAUAUUCUUACCCCUGAUGACACUAUUGACAUAGUUAAUUUUCAUAGACAACUGAAUCCUGAAGAUUUUGACUAUGGAAUUUUUAAUUAGAUUUCUGAAAAAGAUGUUUACUCCAAAAGAAGACACUAAUCAGAGGAUUAGGAAAUGGUAGAUGAGGAAAGAGUUGAAGAAGAAGCUUCGUAGGUAGAUUCAAAAUAAUUUAACAAGAAAUUUGAUAAGUUAAUGGAGAAAACUCAGUUGAUUGAAUACUGGAAAAAUGGUUAGUGGGAAUAUGUUCAAGAGUGGCUUUCUGAAAUAGAUAUCACCUAGUUUAACUCAGAUAUGAUAUUUUUAGAAAGAGAAAUAGAUAAUCCAAUUCAGAAAUUCGAAAUGCUUAUCAGUAUUUUUGUUGGAGAGUAUCAUAAAGGAUUAUAGUGUCUUUUAAGAAAUGAUGAUACAUUUGACAAUCCUGAUUAUCUCGCCUCAUUAGAUAAAAUCAAUAAAUUCUUCAAUCUUUUAUACAGUGAAUUUAUUCUCAGUCUUGAUGGAAUUUAAGGAGAAAUAUCCUAUCAGUAUAAACUAUAUCUGCAUGUGAUUUAUGAGCUUGACUCUGCAGUCCACUUCUUAAAAGAUGCAAUGUUCUUAGAAAGAGAUAAAAUCUCAGAAAUCAUUAGAAAGGAAGUUAAUAGAGAUAAGAGAAGAUUUGAAAAGGUGUACUAUGAAUUUGAUAUGAAAAACAUUUUCGAGAAACUACUCUCAUGGUUUGAAGAAAGAUCAUCAAUGCUGCAAAGUUCAACUGAGUCUCUUAAACUAAUAUACUAUAUAAGAAGAAUGAUUUUCAAACUUUACGAUAGAGAGCAUGAGUAUGCUUUCUAUCUAAUGAAACUUGCUAAAAUUUAUAGAAAGACUAGCAAUGAUAUACUGCUAAUCAAUUCUUUGUUCAAAGAAUGCUAGGAAUAUAAGCAUAUGAUAGUGGAUUAUGACCUUGAAUAUGCGAAGUAUAUGCUCAAAACUAAAAAUGCUCAUGAAGCAUAUUAGUAUUUGAUUUAGGCAUAGGAGAGCAUAAAGUAGCAAUGCGAUAAUAUGUACAAGAGCACCAAAUUCAAUUGGAUGCCAUAGAGAGUAUAUGAGAAAGCUAUAUUAUUAAGUAUUGAACUAUAGAUUAAGCUGGACCCUCACAACCAAAAUAUUCUUAAAAGAUUUGAUGAAUUCCUAAAAAUAAUGGGUAAGAAUUCUUGGGAAAAGCCAGUUUUUAGAUAUGCCUAGUACUUAGAUGAGUUGGAUAAUAAAAAUAUAGGAACUCCUAACUAAGGUACACUCGAUCUUAAUGAUUAGAGGAAGAGAUAAAUUUAGAAGAUAUUCUACUAUAUCAAUAGUCUAAAGCAUGGGUAUAAAUAUAUUUGGUAAAGUUUCCCGAGAGCAUUAGAAUUGUGGUUUGAAUACAAUGAAAAAGAUCAAGACUCAGAAAAAAUUAAUCAUUUUAUGAGACAAGAACUAGCCAAAUUAGAAGUAUUCAAGUUAGCUUCAGUACUUUAAAUUCUACUCUCAAGAUAUGGACAUCCUAAGGAUCAAGUAAGAGAAGUCAUUAUUCUAGUAUUAUCUAAGGUGGCAGCUCAGUUCCCUGGGCAAUGCGCAUGGUGGAUAUUCCAUUUCUUGCACUUUGAAUAAGAAUCUGCACCAGGAAUAAAGAAGAACUAAGUAUCUACAAAACUCUAAGCUAUCAGUAGAGCAGAUUUUGCCAAAUAAUUACUUGGUAAAAUUAUGGGAUUCGAUGAGCAAGCUUACAAAAAAAUUAUAGAAGGCGAAAAGAUUUUCUUAGAGCUAAAGAAACUAUCAGAGAGAAGUCCACCUUAACCAAACAGUACAACAAUGGAACUUCCCUAAGCUUUGCAAAAAGUUUAAACCAGCAGUCUUGUAAUGCCAAUUGAAGAAAAUUUAUCACCUUAACUGCCGCCUUAAAACUUUAGAGUUAAUUUCAAGUAAAGCUGCCUAGUUAGUACGACUUAGAAAAUAACAGAGCUAAACAGGUUUAAUGCAGAAAUUAUAAAUUCAAAGGAUGCUUUUGACCAUCAGCACUUGAAUGAUGAAAGUGCAAUGGAGGAAGCUAAAAAUGCUUAAAAAGAAUACCCAGCCUAUAAACUGCAUCCUGUAUUUAUAGCUGGUUUCUUGAACGAAGCAACAAUUAUGAUGUCUAAAGAAAAACCAAAGAAGAUAGGAAUAAUUGGGUCUAACAAAUAAGUCUAUAACUUCUUGCUUAAAUGUGAUAAGUUUGGCGAUCUCAGAAAAGAACAGAGAUUUAUUGAUUUUGCAGUACUUUGUAAUAAAAUGCUUGAGAACGACGCUGAGAGUAGAAAAAGAAAUCUUAGAUUGCGAACAAAUGCGAUAGUUCCUCUAAGCAGAAAUACAGGAUUAAUCGAGUGGAUUUAGAAUACAAGUACUCUCAAAACAAUAGUCGGCGAUUAUUGGAAAAAGAACAACAUUAAGGGGGAAAUGUAGGAUAUUAAGCAAAAAGCUAUCAGCCUUAAAAUGGGAGAAACUCACACUCAAAUCUGGCAAUAUGUUAAAGAAGACAUUAAACCAGUUUUAGGAACCUGGAUGGCUGAUCAUUUCCCUAGCCCCGAGACUUGGUAUGAGGCCAGAAUAAAUUUCAUUAGGUCUACUGCGAUUUGGUCUAUGAUUGGAUAUGUAAUUGGACUAGGAGAUAGACAUGGUGAUAACAUCCUAAUUCAUAUGCAUACAGGAGAAGUAACCCAUGUUGAUUUCGACUGUAUAUUUGAAAAAGGAGCAAAGCUUAAGAUUCCAGAGAUAGUGCCCUUUAGACUGACUUAGAACAUAAUGGAUGCAUUUGGAAUUUUCAAAGAAAAAGGAGUUUACUAAAGAACUUGCGAAGUAGUAGAGAGAGUAUUGAGAAAGAAUGCUAAGAAUAUCAUAUCAUUCUUGGACUCUUUCAUUCAUGAUCCACUUAUUGAAAGCACUCAGAACAUUAAAGUUGAGAUUAAAUCUGCUCUUGAUGUUGUUAAAUAGAAACUAUAUGGCUAGAUUAAAGGAGACCAGGGUGGUAGUGUCUCAGUGGAGGAUCAAGUCGAGACUGUGAUUUUACAUGCAAUUAAUGAUGAAUCAUUGUCAAAAAUGUAUAUUGGCUGGAUGCCUUGGCUAUGA